UCAAUGUUUGUAUAAUUGUCCCGAGGAGUGCUCAUCAGUACUAAUUACCACUUGUUAAUUAAAUUAAUAAUCCGUUUCAACUAGCAAAGUGGAUCACCCAGCGAUGACCGCAAUGGCAGAGCACAAAUGUCAAUUCAAUCCCAACUCGGUUUGUUAUUCACCGUUAACUUUUGAUGAAAGUCCGAGACAACCGUGUCCCAAAAUACAAAUACACGUGACCAAACUACUAAGUCGUUGAGAUAAGUUUCACCUUCGUCGACUUCCUCGUCGGUUAAUUUCAAGACGAGCAGUUUGAAUCGUUACAUCGAUUCAUUAUGAUAUCGUCAAGGUAGUCACCAGUUUCUCCCCAAUAUAUUUUCAAGGCAAGGGAUUAGCAUCUGCUGAGUCCCAAUCCCAGUAUCAAUAAAAAAAGAUUAGUGAGAUCCGUAAACGAGUGGUAUUUUUUCAAAUUAAAUAAUUUAUCGGGCACACAUUGUCAUUCAUGAAGUAUGUGAAUGCGUAAUAAAUAAGGUUUCCACUGGGUCGCUAUCAUCCACCGGUACAAUUGUCAAGCAGUAUCAGGCGAUUGAAGUUCGAGGCCAGUCAGAAAUACUAAUCAGUUAAAACCUGAAGGGUGAAUGGUAAUCGUCGGCUUGUCGUUAUUGGCAGGUCUUGCAAGAGUGAAGUUUAUUACCUUGAAAAGAACAGUCAGAGAGACAAUGGGAUUGCGCCCAGGCUGCUCAAGACACUUGUUGAGACUGACUCUGCUGAUGAUGAUGUGUCUCCUAUCAAUGGGGGUCUUCGGGGUAGCACUAUCGAAGAGUGUGUCCUACCAGACUCACAGAUCUAACAAGAUAUCCCGACAAUUUGGUAUCAGCCACAGAGAUUACUUCCUCGGUCCCUGCUUGGUGCACACCAAUCAGACGUGUCCUGACGACGAGGUGACCUUCUUCUUGUACACCAGAGACAAUCCUGGAUCGGGCAAGCAGAUAUUCGUCAACGAUUCAUCAUCAAAUCUCCACGAGACGAACUUCAAUCCCCGAGAUCCAACAAAAAUCGUCGUCCACGGAUACAACUCGGACAUGCGACUGGACUCCCUGGUGGACAUAAGAAACGAGUACCUCAAGAAGAGGAGUUACAACGUUAUUGCUGUUGAUUGGCAUCGGCUGGCCGUGGCACCUUGCUAUCCCAUUGCCGUUCACAAUGUGCCACACGUUGGUGAUUGUCUGGCUCAACUCAUUGAGAGAUUAAAGGACGUUGGUGCUAUCGAUAUUCAUACCAUUGGAUUUAGUCUUGGUGCACAUGUGCCUGCAUUCGCUGCUAAUGCGUUGAGACCGUAUAAAAUACCGAGGAUCACUGGUCUAGAUCCAGCGAUGCCCCUCUUUAUAACUGUCAGCAAGGAUGAAAAAUUGGAUUCUGGUGAUGGUGACUUUGUCGACGUUUUUCACACCAAUGCUUUCAUUCAGGGUAAGGUGGAGACGAGUGGACACAUUGACUUUUACAUUAAUGGAGGCAUCAAUCAGCCUGGCUGCUGGGGAAAUAGAAAUCCUUUUGGGUGUAAUCACCACAGGGCUGCUGUCUAUUUCGCCGAGUCUAUUAACAGUGAGGUGGGAUUCUGGGGAUGGCCGUGUCCUGGAUUUUUGGCGUAUCUACUCGCUCUGUGUCCCCCCAGGGCACCUGCUGUCCUCGCUGGAGAUCCUGUUGAUGAGAACUAUCGCGGAUUUUUUCUGGUGCACACUAGGGAUCACAGCCCCUUCGCCGAGGGCCCCUUUACUAUCAGCACUGAUAAAACAUCACGAUAAGUCGUUUUACGCGGCUGACGAGGGGUUCAGAUUAUUUCGAUUGAUGGGCGAUGAGUUCGAUUGGUUUAUAUGGCAGGGUAUUUCUUUUGUAAUUGAAAUGUGGGAUUUAUUUCUCCGAUCGGAUUGAUCCUGUGGGGUUUCGUGAUCGAAUGUAAAUAUUGGGAGGUGCAUGAGGUGUGUUGUAAGUUAUUACUCAUGUAUGCUUGUCAAUAAAUAUUUAUUUAAUAGGAUUUAUUUUUUCUG